AUGUCUGAAUUGGAAGGAGUAAUUCCUAACGAUGAAUCCCGACAAAGUUCGCCUGCACCAAGACAUAUAAUUCAUACCAGAGGUGCAUUGGCUGCAGGAGGAGGUGGACCAAGCAACAACCAUGCUACUCAGAACAACCAUGAUAAUUGCGAUGCUUGCGGGUACGGAGGUCGCUUAAUGUGCUGCGAUUCCUGCCCAAAAGCUUUUCAUUUUACAUGCCUCGUACCCCCCCUUGAUGUCGACAACCCACCGAAAGGAAAUUGGUAUUGUCGGGAAUGCAGUGCUGAAAAGGCUACUCCCGCAAUGCCUGCCCCAGGCCUCUUUCAGGAGUUAAUACAUAAAGCUCGAGGUUCGAACUCCAAAUCUUUCCUGUUGCCUGAUCACAUUCGUUGUGCAUUUGAAGAUGGUCCACACGGGGAAUAUGUCGACCUAAAUAAAUUCAAGUCUGAACAGCGGGACUGGCACUUGGAUUGUUUAGAUCCUCCAUUAACAACUCCAGUGCCAGCCUAUAAAAAGUGGAUGUGCCCCUGUCACGUUGAUCACGCAUUGCCACCGAUGCGAAGGUUGGUAUCAGAGAAUAAUUUAACAUCUGUUGACAAUACGGCCAUCGAGAAUAUUCCAGAUAAAAAGCUGGAGAUAGAUUGUGAUCCCGAAUUCUAUCUUAAUAACACCUUACAUCGAUUGCCCAAAAAUGGGAUCCGACUUGACUAUUUUGGACAAAUGCUCAAUGAGUUAUUUGGAAGUAAUUCCAAUAUAGUCGGCCAGCCCAUUGAAGCAUCGCAAGUAUCACGGGGCAAGAAAAGAGAACUUCCCAGUGAUGACAAAGAAGAGCAAACUGAUCCAAAUCCAAAUAAAAAGCCAUACCCAGAGCGUGUUAUAGGAAUUAAUGAAAAGAUCGAGAUGGAUGAAAAUAGCUACCAACAAAAUCCAUUACUUCUGUUAACAGAAGUUGCAUUGGCUGAAAAUUCAGAGGAGUCAGAGGAAUUGAUGUAG